UCUGCUCGCCCCAGUCAGCAAAGAUCUUAUCUCUGUGUUAUCUCUCUAACCUAUAGAAGUUUAGAACCCUAAUGAUCUUUGAAUCCUCUCCUUUUCUAUCCGAUUCGAACGCAAUUGGAGUUGUAUCACGAUCCUCUCUGAAAAAUCGAGCUCAUAAAGGUUUCAAUUUCAUUCAAAUUCGUGUUUUGUUGCAAGUACCCAGACGGUUUUGAGAUUCGAUCUUCUUGGUGAGAGAGCUCAUCAUGGGCGUCACGUUUAAGAUAUCGAGGACUGGUAGAAAGUUCCGCCCCAAGGCUUCUACUGAAUCGGCUACUCCUGAAUCUCCAGAACAGCUGAAUCCCAAAUCAAUCGUUCUAUCAGCUAAAUCAAAGGCCGUUGUUGAGGGCUCUGGGUUCUCGCAGUCAUCUUUGCUUCAUGUAUCUCCAGAUCAUGAAGUUUCCUUUGUGUUGAGUCUCUAUCCGAAUGGGUAUUCCAUUGGAAAACCCUCUGAGAAUCAGGCCGUGCAGCAGACAUCGUUUAGAGAUGCUCCGAAGGUCUUGCAUCUGUAUGAUAGAGCAGCAGAGAGUCUACUUUCGGCUAUUGAGGCUGGUAGACUUCCUGGGGACAUUUUGGAAGAUAUACCGUGCAAAUUUGUGGAUGGGGUGGUCAUAUGUGAGGUGCAUGACUAUCGGAAGCAUACUCCAGAGCAAGUCUCUCCUGUGAUAAAUAAAGUGCGCCUUAAGAUGUCACUCGAGAAUGUGGUAAAAGAUAUUCCAUCAAUGUCAGACAACUCAUGGACAUACGGUGAUCUCAUGGAAGUGGAAUCCAGAAUAUUAAAAGCCAUACAACCUGAACUUUGUCUGGAUCCUGUACCCAGACUUGAUAGGCUGAGUGAAAACCCUGUGUCUGCUAAGCUCGACUUGUCUCUUUCUACGUUGCGGAGAAAGAGAUUGAGGCAAAUGACAGAAGUGACAGUCGUUUCUCAGAACAAGAUUCAUGGGAAAAAGGUUUGCAUUGAUCGCCUUCCUGAAAGUUCAGAGCGAGGAAAUAUGCAGGGACAUUUGUUAAUGCAUCAAACUCAUCACAACCAGGCUAUUCAAAAUCCUGGUACGAACAUGCUGGCGGGAUUAAGAAAUCAGACCUUGCAAGAUGCGCCAACUUCCCCACUGCCUUUGGUACCACCUCAGCAACAAAGGUACAUGGGAACUGGAAAUAUUAGAAACGUGCAGGAUCAAGGAUCGAAUGCUGUCAGUGUCUCUGGAGCUUCGCCUGGAGGACUAGAUGCAAUGUUGCCUUAUGCCUCUGACAGUAUGAACCCCGGUCCAUCUUUUCAUAGAAAGAGAGAAAGCCAAGAAGUACAACUGUCUUCUAUGCCUGGUUUGAAUAAGCGAACAAGGGUUUCUCACAUGGGUCCUGAUAUGGUUCCACAGCAACAGUUAGGGCAACGCAUGGAUGGUCCUCAUGGAACCGAUACAAAUUGGAAAAAUGCGCUUCUACAACAAGACAUGCUCCGUAGAAGUAUUCAAUAUCCAAAUGCAAAUAUGCAGAGGUUUUCACCCCAGCAAAUUGGAGGAGCUAUGAAUCAGGAAGCUGGUCCCAUGCAGUUUCCAGCUUCACAACAGGGGCCAAUGCGUUACACUUCGAAAGAGGAGCCAUUUGAGACGGGUAAAAUUGAUGGUAAUAUCAGAAACAAUAUGCCAGGAGUGGGAAGCGAUGCAAAUGAUUUGGAUCCGCGUAUUCAGCCUAGGAUGCCCCAUAAUGUAUUUAACAGAUCAAAUUUCCCUCAGACAUCCUGGAAUGCUAAUCCAGGCCAGCAGAUUGAAAAAGACCUCAAAAAAGAAGAACAAUUCAGUAGAAGGGUAUCGUCUCAAAGCCCUCGUUUAUCAGCAGGUGCUCCUCCACAGUCCCCGCUUUCAUCGAAGUCUGGAGAGUUUUCUGGUGGUUCAAUGGGGACCCAUUAUGGAGCAGUUGCGGCAGCUCAAAAGGACAAGGCUGUUACUUCAAUUCCUAUCGGUGCUGCUCAGUCCGUGGGUUCUAGUGGUAAUGAUGCUAUGCAGCAAAGGCAACACCAAAUGGCUCCAAAACGUAGGACAAAUUCUCUUCCUAAGACGCAAGUUAUGACCAGCGUUGGUUCUCCUGUUAGUGUCAAUACUCUGACUAUGAGUGUCCCAGUUAAUGCAAGGAGCUCUUCAGUGGGAACCCAAGCUUUGGGCGAUCACUCAAUCCUCGACAGAUUCGCAAAAAUUGAACUAGUUGCUGCAAGGUACCAACUAAACUGCAAAAAACAUAAGGUGGACGAGUAUUGUCGGAGACCUCGCUCUUACGAUCAUCAGUACCUGAUGGAUUGUUUACCGAAGCUGUCCAACAACGAGGAAUUCAAAGACGAGUACAAAGUAUUAUCAAAAUCUAUUCUUGGUGGCAGUAUGAAUACUUGCAAGACAAGAGUCAUGAACUUUCUUCGGGUAGACCGUGUAAUGCAAGGUAAUGUUUCCUCCCUCGUCCCUAGAAUAAGAACAAGACUGGUGAUGUCAGAGAAGCCCGACGGGACAGUAGCAUGGUAUCAAGGGGACAUAGAUGAUGGUGAUACUUGUCCGUCUGAAGAUCAUCUUUUAGUGUUGCCAAAUACUCACAUCGCCGAUCUACUUGCUGCUGAAUUCAAAUCACUGAUGAUGUCCCGUGAAGGAUACCUCAUGGAAGAACAUAUUCAGGCAAAGUCAAAUCGUGGUGAUGCUGACCCAAGCAGCAGCCAACCGAAUGCUGGGAAUGGUUUCCCACGAGGUAACUCUGCAAAUGAUAUGCAACAGAAUGGAGAUGGAGCUGUUGGACAAGCGCCCAGUGAAGCAUCGAAACAAGGGACUACUGGAAAUGCGCCUAUAAACUCGACCCAGAAUAUUCAUGCAAAUGCAAGGAUGCUCCCUCCGGCAAAUUCUCAAGCCAUGCAAAUGUCGCAAGGACUGUUGUCUGGUGGCUCCAUGCCUAUGCAACCACAACAGCUUGACCCACAACAACAGGCGGCGCUACUGUCACAGCUACAGCAGAAAAAUCAACAGUCCAUGUUUACACAGCAGAAUCCGCAAAUGCAGAGAGCAUCUAUGAAUAUGCCUACAAAUCCGCUAUCAGCUAUCAACUCGAUGAACCAGAGCUCUGGCAUGCAGCCAGGUGGUCAGAUGGCGAACAAGUACUCACCUUAUCAAUUGCAGAUGUUACAGCAGCAGCAGCAGCAGCAGCAGGCAAUUCAGAGAAAGAUAUUGAUGGGGCAAGGAUCAGGUGUAGGCAUGGGGAACAAUAUGGCUGCGCUUGGAGCUUUUGGCAACCAAUUGAACAUGGCAGGAAGAGGGAUUGGAGGAAGCGGAAUGUCAUCAUCGAUGUCUGGUCCUGGCAUCAGCAAUAUGGGCCAGAACCCAAUGAAUCAUCCAGCUUCAAAUUUGAAUGUUAUAAGCCAGCAAAUCCGAUCUGGUGCAUUACCACCACACCAGAGCGCUGCUGUACUUGCAAAUCUUAGGUUAGCGAGCCGAGGAGGUGUGAUGGGUGCUCCCCAAGCCGGGAUAAGCGGCAUGUCAGGUGCCAGGCAGAUGCACCCCAGCUCAGCUGGCCUUUCCAUGAUGGAUCAGAAUAUAUUAAAUCGAGCUACCCUGCAGCGAGCUGCUGCUAUGGGCAACAUGGGCCCACCUAAGCUGAUGCCUGGAAUGAAUAUGUACAUGAAUCAACAGCAACUCCAGCAGCAGCAGCAACAACCCCAACAACAACAGUUCCAGCAGCAACCACAGUUACAGCAGCUAGCUCAGUCCCAACCACUUCAGCAGCUAGCUCAGCCUCAGCAGCAACAGCAGUUAGUUCAGUCUCAGCAGCAACAGCAGCAGCUACAACAACAUGAGCUGCCUCAACAGCCACAACAGCAGCAGCAACAGUCAACAGCCUCCCCUCUUCAAUCUGUGCUGUCACCACCCCAAGUAAGUUCACCAUCAGCUGGAAUUACCCAGCAGCAGCAGCAGCAGCAAAUGUCCAGUCCCCAGCAAAUGAGUCAGAGAACUCCAGUGAGUCCCCAGCAAAUGAGCCAGAGAACUCCAAUGAGUCCCCAGCAAAUGAACGCACGAACUCCACUCAGUCCCCAGCAAAUGAACCCAAGAACUCCUAUGAGUCCUCAGAUAAGCUCGGGUACGAUGCAUCCCAUGAGCACAAGCAACCUAGAGGCUUGUCCAGCGAGUCCCCAGCUAAGUUCUCAGACACAUGGAUCUGGUGGUAGCAUCACCAAUUCCCCAAUGGAGCUUCAAGGUCCCAAGAGCAACUCUGCUGGUAAUAACCCGUAAUCAAGAAACCUAAUGAUUGGUACUAAAAGUCAUGGAUCUUCAAAACAUGAAUUGUGUAAUUUGACUUAGUGAUGUACAUUAAAUAAGCUUUGGAAAUUAAAAAUUAGCUACGUGGCAUGUGCCUGUAGAGAAUCCUCUGUGCUCAGGCUAUUUGGAGAUUUUGUUUUCGAAUAUCUUCGUCUCUCAGGAUAUGAUUAUAGGAUUCCAAUAAGAUGUAUCACCACCAUUC